UAUGACCAGCUGAACGCUGUGGAGAGGACACCAGCGUUCCGACGUGCAAAUGAAUGAUUGAAAACCAAAGCCGCGUAUUUAUAGAUAUUAGAUAUUUGAUAGGCUAUAUGUCAAAAUGAUGAGGCAAGUUGUUUUGGUGACUGGUGCAAACAGUGGUAUCGGCCUUGCAUUGUGCCAGCGGCUCCUGACUCAGGACAGUCAGAUCCAGCUGUGCCUGGCUUGCAGGAACAUGAAGAGGGCCGAGGCUGCCCAACAGGCUCUACUGACCUCUCACCCCGAUUCUGAGGUGGCCUUGCUUAAACUAGACGUGGGCAACAUCCGCUCAGUUCUCCAUGCAGCCCAAGAGGUCAAAUUAAGGUAUAGCAGACUGGACUACAUCUACCUUAAUGCUGGAAUCAUGCCCAAUCCUCAACUGGAUAUCAAAGCCUUUUUCAAGGGUCUGUUCUCAUGCAAUGUUAUCAAUAUGUUUGCAACAGCCGAGGGCAUUCUUACCCAAACAGACAACGUUACCUCAGAUGGACUACAGGAGGUUUUUGCCACCAAUCUAUUUGGACAUUUCCUGUUGGUCAGAGAGCUGGAGCCUUUAUUAUGUAAGCCUGAUCAAGCCUCGCAGGUGAUUUGGACAUCGUCCAGCAAUGCCCACCGAUCUGCCUUCAGCCUUGAGGACCUUCAGCACCUGAAGGGCACAGAGCCUUACAGCUCCUCCAAGUACGCCUCAGACCUGCUCAGUGUUGCUCUGAACCGCAAACACAAUCAGCAGGGCUUGUAUUCGUCUGUGAUUUGCCCAGGACUGGUAAUGACCAAUCUCACAUAUGGGAUCCUGCCAUCCUUCUUUUGGACACUGUUUAUGCCCAUUUUGUGGCUGAUUAGAAUCUUCACCAACACGUUCACCUUGACACCUUACAACGGAGCAGAGGCAUUGUUCUGGCUGUUCAUGCAGAAACCUGAGUCCCUGGAUCCUCUGGUCAAAUACCACAGUUUGACCUCUGGGCUCGGCAAAAACUACACUCAGCCUCAUAAGAUGGAUAUUGAUGAAGACUGGUCAGAGGCCCUUUAUAAAAAGCUGCGAGACCUUGAAGACAAAUUACGGAAGAAAUUGGCAGAGGAAGGCCAGAAUCAGUAAUAUAUGGCAUCAGUAAUUUGAACAAAAUCCUAUCAUCUGUAGGGUUAUUUUGGUCCCAACUCAAACAAGGUGUUGGUUGUUGGGUGUUGGUUCCCACACCUCAGGUCCUUUGGUCAAGGAGUUCACACCUACUGAUGCAAUACAAAAGACAAUAUUGGCUUUGCCAACUUUAUUUAAUUUAUCAAGGAAACUGAUCAUGCAAUAAUUACCUCGUUUAGAACUCCCUGAGAGUUUUUAGUUAUUGAUGUCACAUUUCACUAUUCAAUGACAUAUUGGCAAUAUUUUGCCAGUGACAGGAUUGUUUUUUGUUUUUUUUCAAUAGAAAUAUGUCUGUCACCUCUUUGAAGUUAGCCUUCUAAAACAAACCUCAAAUAAAAUGUUUAAACUGCCUAAAGCCUAACAUUUGGGGUACAUUCAACAUUGAGGUUUAAUUCCUUUUCCCACGUCUUGUGAAAUCUUAUCAUAUGGCUUUUAAGGGAAUUGUAAGAUAAUUAACAUUCCAGUAGUUUGGGGAAUCAGUAAAGUUUGCUUUGGAGGAUGCUGCAUUAGCUCUGCAAUUCCUUCAGGCUGCAAGAGCUGAUCAGGUGAGGUCUAAUCUAAUGCAUUAUAUUACAUCUUCAGUAUAUCUUUGUGACUGAAUCAUCCUGUUUAAAACCAGAACAGGCCCUGAACAUCAGUCCUAAUUAUUUGCUGAUUACUGUGAACUGUCCUCUGGCAGAACCAGCUGUUCUGGUUUGAAUGAUGUCACUCUGUCCCUCUCAACCUCUCUGUUCUGUUGUGAACACAGAGCAGCCAUCCGGAAUCAAAUAAAGGACGGGCUGGGGCACAGGGACACUGAGUCUGCAGUGUCAUCACCUUCCAUUGCCGCGACCUCGGUCGGCAUGGGAACUCGUGUCACAAUAGCAUGAUUCUCUGGUUCUCUACAGUUAAGUGUGCAGCUUGCAUUCCCCGUUUAUUAUGAAAUUUGAUGUUCAAAACUGUUCUUUUCUUAUCUUCUGUUAUUUUCCAGAUAAUGACCUUGAGUUAAUUUAGUUGUUGGCAUAUUCUAUAGCAAGCUUUAAUCAAUAAAAAAUACAUUUAAAAACA